CUCAAUCCGGUACUCUCCUUGUCUCCGUUGACACUGACAGGCGUGACGGAUUCGCCUGCGUCAUCAACACAAAACAUAUGCACUAAUGCUGUCUCAGUACUAUAUAAGUAGAGAUUAGCUACAUAGGAGUGGUUCUAAGUGUCAAAGAUUAGCUUGAGAGAAGUGGCUCUAAGUGUGCCAAAGUGCGUUCGUGUCGAUCGCGACUUGGAGAAGGAGAUGGGCUGCUGCGUGUCGCGCUCGACGGCGGCGGCGGCGGUGGAGCGGCGGCAAGUGGUGGCGGUGGACGCGACGGCGGCGAUGGUGAUGGACCUGGACGGCACCAUGGCGCGGCUCGAGGCGCCCGUGGCGGCGCGGGUGGCGCUGGGCGGCGACGCGUACUCCUGCUUCGUCUGCGGCGCUGACGAGCUCGACUACGGCGCGCCGGCCCGCGCCAUGGGCGACGACGAGGCGCUCCAGCCGGGGCAGCUCUACUUCGUGCUCCCCGUCUCCGCGCUCCGCCGGCCGCUGUCCGGCCACGACAUGGCCGCGCUCGCCGUCAAGGCCAGCGCGGCGCUCUCCAGCAUCGGCGUGCCGACGUCGUCGGCAACGCGGCGCAAGGACGACCGGGACGGCGCCGCGGCCAGCGGCAAGCGGCGGCGGACGUCCCGGGUGGCUCCGCUCGCCGUCGUGAGCGGCAUCGAUGCGCACGCGACGCCGUUGAUGGCGAAGACGAGAAAGUGUGGUCGUCGUCGUGCAUGCGUGCGAAGGUUGAGCGUAGCCAGCGAGUGAUCCGUCCAUCCAUUAAUUCGACGAUCUCAGCAUAGCUGUGAUUAGCUUUUGAUCACACGAGUUAUUGUGGAUUUGUGGUUUAGUUUAGUUGAUUUUUAGUCGUUCAUCCCCCAUUUGAGGAGGAGGUAGCCAUGUACAGUAAGUAAGAACGUACAAAAAAACAAAGCACAUUUUGAACUUUUUUUUCAUGUAUAUUUAAUUGCGAUGUUCCGAUAAUGACACUAUGGUACUAAUUAUCGAAUGAAUUAAAGGCAGCAUGCCAUUCAGUUAUGAA